AUGGACGCGCUGCACGCGCAGAAGGAGAACGUGGACCUCCGCCGCGGGGGCAUCGCCGGCAAACUGAACUUCGCAGGCACAGACAAGUUUGCGACGCCGAAGCGUGGGUUCGUUAUCCAUGAAGACUCCAAGUCCAGCAGCAAGAACGGCUUAAAGGAAAGCUCCACUAAGAAGAGCAGACGUGCGCUUGGUGACAUCUCCAACAAGCAGCAGAACCGUCAAGCCGACAACAAUUCUGGUGUGAUCCCAUCGGCCAAGAAGGAUGGGUUGGGGAAGGGUCUCGGCCACUCGAAGAAACUCAGCGCGAAGAAGCACAGCAGAACUCCCCUCAAGCCCAAGACGCCGCUGAAGUCUAGGACGGAGGUGUCGCUGAAGCCUGAGACAGCUAGCAAACCACCCCGUGUGGAAGAAGUGCCGGAUAUUGAGUUUGCGUACGGCGGGUUACCCUCUCCGACGUCAGACUCGGCAUACUUGAAGGGACUUCGCGACGAGAUCGUGCGAGACAUCCUAAACGACAAAACCCCAACUCUCUUCGACGAGUUUGAUUCUGCUGACACCUUCAAUCCCUGGAACGAUGAGCGUGAGAGAGCCAUGCUGGAAAGUGGCGAGCCCCCUUCUCCUUGGUGGGCCUCGGUGGACCCACAAAAGGAAAACGAAUCGGACGGCAUCGAGGCAAAGGGACAGGAGGACGAGGGAGACGAUCUCAGUGAUCUACCACCGCCAGAUAAUCUUCCUGAUGAUGCGCCAGAAAACUUCGACGAUGACGGUUUGCUGGAAGAUCUCCUGAGCGUGGACGUUGAAGCCGCAUGCAGCGGUUGA